CAGGCAACCCCACAACAGAGGAGAAGAAGGGGAAGGAAGGGCGGCGAGGGAGACCCUCCGCGUCGUGUCCCUUCCUCUUCCUCCUCCUCCUCCUUCUCCUUCUCAUCCCCUCCUCCUCUCUCCAGCAGCACCACAGCACUCCCCUCGCAUUGUUCUUGAUCCCAUCCUUCCAUCCAGUACUACGAUUCUCGCUCCCUCUCCAAGAUCAAUCAAAGGUCGGAGAAGAAGGAAUUCAGGGUUAGGGAGCCAGCCAUGGGGUGCUUUUCAUGCUGCUGCGUGGCCGAUGACGACGACAUUGGCAGGAGGAAGAAGCAUGACGAUGCCUACGUUCCUAUCCCUGCUCAAGUUGAUAACUUUGGACCUAGCCGGCCCCCAGCCCCAAUCCCUGUCAUCCCCACAGGCAGAGAUCAGCCAAUUGCAGUACCGCCCAUUCAUCUGGAAGAGUUGAAGGAAAUUACAAAGAACUUCAGCAGUGAUGCCCUCAUUGGUGAGGGCUCGUAUGCCAGAGUCUAUUUCGGUGUGCUGAAAGAUGGGACGAAAUCUGCAGUGAAGAAGCUUGACUCCAGCAAACAGCCUGAUCAAGAAUUCCUUGUGCAGGUUUCAGCUGUCUCAAGAUUGAAGCAUGAGAAUGUUGUCCAACUCGUUGGAUACUGCGCUGAAGGGAUCACCCGCGUUCUUGCUUAUGAGUAUGCAACAAGGGGAUCAUUGCAUGAUAUCCUCCAUGGUAAAAAGGGUGUCAAGGGAGCUCAGCCAGGGCCAGUCCUGUCAUGGAUGCAGCGAGCGAGGAUUGCCGUAAGUGCAGCUCGUGGGCUCGAGUUCCUCCACGAGAAGGCGGACUCUCGAGUGGUCCACCGCGACAUCAAGUCCAGCAACAUACUGCUCUUUGACAAUGACGUUGCCAAGAUCGGGGACUUUGACAUCUCAAACCAGUCCCCUGACAUGGCUGCGCGCCUCCACUCUACUCGUGUUCUUGGCACCUUUGGCUACCAUGCACCAGAAUAUGCCAUGACUGGACAGCUUAGCACCAAGAGUGAUGUUUACAGCUUUGGAGUUGUGCUGUUGGAGCUUUUAACCGGUCGCAAGCCAGUUGACCACACACUGCCCCGUGGCCAGCAGAGCCUUGUGACAUGGGCUACACCGAGGCUUAGUGAAGACAAGGUGAAGCAAUGCGUGGAUCCAAGGCUCGGAGAUGAAUACCCUCCAAAGGCUGUAGCCAAGAUGGCUGCUGUGGCCGCCCUGUGCGUGCAAUACGAGGGUGAAUUCCGUCCCAACAUGAGCAUCGUGGUCAAGGCCCUGAGCCCCUUGCUGCACAGCCGGCCCGGCAACCGCCCCGCUGCCUCGCCGGCCUCCCCCGCUGCAGCAGCAGCAGCAGCAGCAGCAGAGCGAUCUGGACUGUGAUUCCUCAUCACCAAAGAUGGCCAUGGUCCUGUGUGCGACGUGACGACUUUGGGUUGAGGAAGAAGAGACCGUCUUGUGGAGCGUUGCGUUGCGUUGCGUUGCUGUGUCAAGACUGUUUUAAGUCUUGGCGCCGAGAAGAGCUUUGCCAUGCGGCUGUGUAUUGUUGUAAGCGCUGUCCCCUGCUUUGUGUGUCUGUCAUCAACCUGUUCUAGAAAAUGGUGUGCGAGGGAUCAUGGAUGGAUGAUACCAACUGUUUGGUCUCUUUUGGAAUGCAAAAACGCAGCACUUGGCUUCCUAUGUGCAGAUCCGCUGCUCUGUUACUGCAAAGUAGGUGUAUAUCUCUUUUGGAAUGCAAAAAUACAGCACUUGGCUUCCUA